CCGAAAACACCCGCGUUUUUUUCGAACCUAAACACACACACACACUAAAAACUGCAACUGACAAAGAUUUUUAUUCCCGUUUCGAUUGUUGAUUUUUCAAUUGAUAACCACUACAUGGUAUCAGUGGAAGUUUCACUCUACUAGGGUUUAGUAGUUGCUUGCAAUUUUUGUGGCUAUGAUCGUGUCAUCGACGCACAAAGUUCCAAAUAGUUAGGCUCUUCAUUCAUUGGUGGUGAUGGGGAAGAGGAACGCCAUUGUCAUUUCAUCAUCGGACGAUGACGAUAAACAUUUUUCGAUGAGUUCUAAUUUGAGCUAUUCGAAAUCUAUAUCGAAAUCAAGACGCUCUUCCGUUCCUCGAGUAAACCCUAAGAGGGCUAAGAAAGCGCCUCUUUCAAAUCCUGGUUACCGACUAUGUGAAGAAUCUAAUGGUUUUGAUGAGAUAAGACGAUUUUGUGAGGAUUUUGAUGAAGGGUUUACUGUGUUCAAGGUAUCUGCUGGUCAUGGACAGAGCAACAAGGACUUAUGGGUUGACAAAUAUAAGCCUCGUUCUCUGGAAGAGCUUGCUGUUAAUAAAAAGAAGGUUGAAGAAGUUAAAUCGUGGUUUGAGGAAAGAUUGAGAACUGCAAGGGAAGAAUUUUGCAAUCAUGUGCUUCUCAUCACUGGACAAGCUGGAGUUGGAAAAUCUGCGACCAUCAAUGUGAUUGCAUCUCAUCUUGGAGCCACACUAUGUGAAUGGAACACACCCACUCCCACAAUGUGGCAGGAACAUUUGCAUAAUUCCAAUUCAGGGGUACGUUACAUGUCGAAGUUGGAUGAGUUUGAAAGUUUUGUUGAUAGGAUAAGAAAGUAUGGAAUAGUGUCCUCAUCUUGUACUGGAGGUUCUAAGAAAUCAACCAUACUCUUGAUUGAAGAUCUUCCAGUGAUAAAUGGAAAGGUUGCUUAUGAAAGACUUCGCAGAUGCUUGCAGCUUCUUGUGCAAUCAAUUUCUAUUCCAACAGGCAUAUUGAUCACGGACUAUGGUAAAGAUGACUCUGCAGACUACAGCACGCGCUGUUGGGAAGAACUUCAGUUGUCUCUUCUGGGUGCUGGGGUUUGUAAGGUGGCUUUCAAUCCUAUUACUGUUAAUUCCAUCAAGAAAACACUUUCCAAAAUAUGCAGCGAGGAGCAGUGUGCAGUGACUGCUGAACAAAUUGAUUUAAUAGCGAAAGCAAGUGGAGGGGAUAUUAGACAUUCAAUUAUGUCUGUACAGUACUUCUGUCUGAAACCACAUCGGAUGCUCCCUUUGAUUGUUUCCAAUAACACUCUUACUUCUUCAAAGGAGAGAUCAGAUGAAAUCAAUAGUUUCAAUGAUGGAUUUUCUUUACCAUUUGGCAGAGACGAAACACUCUCUUUAUUUCAUGCCUUGGGAAAAUUUCUACACAAUAAAAGAGAGACUGAUGUUUCCAUUGCAUCAGUGGACAAAGAUGCGGUUCGUUUGAGGGAAAGAUAUGUGAGAUUACCUCUGAAAAUGGAUGCUCCAGAAAAGGUUCUCUGUCAGGCACAUGGACAAGCGAGACCUAUUGCCGAUUUUCUACAUGAAAAUGUUCUAGAUUUUCUGAGUGAGGAAGCGAUAGAUGAUGCAUGGGUCAUGGCUUCUUAUCUAAGUGACGCUGACUUCCUUCUUACUUCACUUAGUGGAAUGCAAACUAGAAACUUUGAGGCAGAGAAUGUUGUACAAUCUGCUGCUGCUUCAGUUUCUGUGCGUGGUGUAUUAUUUGGGAAUUCUCAUCCAUUGUCUUCCAGGUGGCAUGCUAUUCGCCGGCCAAAACUUUGGCAGAUUGAGCAAUCAUUACGGCACAACAAGGAUGACAUGGUGAGCCAGAGGUGUGUUGCUUAUAAUGGCCUGAACUUUUCUGAUCUUUCGGUUAUUGCUAUGGAGUGGAAACCUAUCCUUAAAUGGCUUGGUUAUAGAGCAUCUGAGAAUUGUGAAGCCAACCGGGCACUGAUGGAGAGCAACGUGGUUGUGGAUGAAGAUUUUGGUAGCAUCACUUUGGAUGAUACAAACAUUGAGACUUCUGAUGAUGAAAUUGAAGAUUGGUAAGUUGUAGGUGAUGAAGUGGGAAACGCGGCUUGGCCUAGAUAUGCUCCCUCUCAUUUGUAUAUUGUGUAAAUAACUCAUUCAACGCCUCUGUUUUUCCCUGUAUUUUUUAUGUCAAAAAAUUCUGCUAA